GGGCAGACACCUGCCUUCACGGGAUUCAGUGGCAGCGGGGGAACAUAGUGGCUUCCACUAGAGAUGAAAUGUGGUCUAAGGGAAGAUAUGACUACAAACGUCGUCUAAGAGAACGAGCUUCCCCCUGGAGCUACUCCAGUGAUGACUACCAUAGAGUAGAUAAUGUUGUGCCAAAGAGACCACCUCUGCCCGACAAGAGAACGCCUGUGUGGGACAUGAGAUCGCUUCUGCGAGACAUGAGACAACCUCUGCGAGACAUGAGAUCGCCUCUGUGGGGCAAGAGAUCGCCUGUGCGAGACAUGAGAUCGCCUCUGCCGGGCAAGAGAUCGCCUGUGUGGGGCAAGAGAUCGCCUCUGCCGGGCAAGAGAUCGCCUGUGCGGGGCAAGAGAUCGCCUCUGCCGGGCAAGAGAUCGCCUGUGCGAGACAUGAGAUCGCCUCUGCCGGGCAAGAGAUCGCCUGUGCGGGGCAAGAGAUCGCCUCUGCCGGGCAAGAGAUCGCCUGUGCGAGACUUGAGAUCGCCUCUGCGGGGCAAGAGGUCGCCUCUGCUGGGCAAGAGAUCGCCUGUGCGAGACAUGAGGUCGCCUCUGCGGGGCAAGAGAUUGUCUCUGCGAGACAUGAGGUCGCCUCUGCGGGGCAAGAGAUCGCCUGUGCGAGACAUGAGAUCGCCUCUGCGGGGCAAGAGAUCGCCUCUGCGAGACAUGAGGUCGCCUGAGCGAGACAUGAGAUCGCCUGUGCGAGACAUGAGGUCGCCUCUGCGAGACAUGAGGUCCCCUGAGCGAGACAUGAGGUCGCCUCUGCUGGGCAAGAGAUCGCCUGUGCGAGACAUGAGAUCGCCUCUGCGGGGCAAGAGAUCGCCUGUGCGAGACAUGAGAUCGCCUCUGCGGGGCAAGAGAUCGCCUCUGCGAGACAUGAGGUCCCCUGAGCGAGACAUGAGGUCGCCUGAGCGAGACAUGAGGUCGCCUGAGCGAGACAUGAGAUCGCCUGUGCGAGACAUGAGAUCGCCUCUGCGGGGCAAGAGAUCGCCUCUGCGAGACAUGAGGUCGCCUGAGCGAGACAUGAGAUCGCCUGUGCGAGACAUGAGGUCGCCUCUGCGAGACAUGAGGUCGCCUGAGCGAGACAUGAGAUCGCCUGUGCGAGACAUGAGGUCGCCUCUGCGGGGCAAGAGAUCGCCUCUGCGGGGCAAGAGAUCGCCUCUGCGGGGCAAGAGAUCGCCUCUGCGAGACAUGAGGUCGCCUGAGCGAGACAUGAGAUCACCUCUGUGCGACAAGAAACCGCCUGCGCUAGACAUGAGAUCACCUGUGAGAGACAUGAGACCACCUAAGCUAGCCAGACCUGAUGAAAGAGGCUACAGUAGUCAUGUUGAUUACCGAGAACGUGACGAGGGCGCCAGGUUUUCUCAUGAUCAAAGAAGUGACCGAUCUCACAGAGAUGAUUCUGUUUACAGACGCACAAGAGGUGAUCAUUUCACAAGGCGACAGCCUGAAUACAGGCACAUGAGAAAUGGCUUUGGAAGAAAAAGUUUCUACUCUUCCCAUUCAAGAGAACGGUCUUUCCAUAAAAGGCACGCUGUAGGCCGGAAGGAUGCCCCACACGGGAGAUCUGACUCCAGUCUUAGCACCAUACGCUCCUUCCAUCAGUCUCGGUACAGAAGUAAAGAGAGUUCCAUCCAGUCUUUGAAAACAUCAAGAGAUACUUCAUCCUCAAGUUCCUCAGCAGUUUCUUCAUCCAAGGUGUUAGACCAACCUAGCCGGCUGACUGAGAAGGAACUGACUGAGUCUGCCAGGAAGAGGGCUAAUGAAAAGCCAGAGAAGGAAGAUGAAAAUAACUUGAUUGAGAUUUCCGAGUUUGAGAGUGAAUCCACGGCACCCUUAUUUGUCGACCAGACAGAAGAACCCGAGUCGAACACAACAGAUGGCACAGAAUUGUGUGAAGACAGCCAGCUCAACAGUCGCUCUAAAGCAAUCACUUCAAAAAUUAAAGAGAUUGAGCAGGCUUACCGACAAGACUUUGAAACUUUCGGGAUGGUGGUGCAAAUGCUGGUUGAACAAGACCCUUCAUUAGAAAAACCGAUACAGUUUGCAUUGAGGCAAAAUUUGCAAGAAAUGGGUGAGAGAUGUGUUGAAGAGCUCAAAUGUUUCAUUGCUGAGUAUGAUAAAUCUACUCAAGAUUUUGGAGACCCUUCUUAGAAGAAAAAAAUUUUUAAAAGCUUCUAGAUUUUUUCUCCUUUGAUUGAUUAAAUCCUUACUAUUUUGUGAUGAAGAGAAAUACUUUAUGAUAACUGACCACAUUUCUAGUAUCAAAUAAACAUCAACGUUUAAUUAGUAAUAA